AGAGAGAGAGAGAGAGAGAGAGAGAGAGAGAGAGGGAGAGGGAGCGAGAGCACGCCCUUACACUUUCCCGAACACUCGCCAUCCUCUGCGCUUUCCUCCUCAGAGCACGCACGCACACACACCACACGCACCGCACACACCACACGUACGCCGAGUGAGAUAUUCCUCUACCCAGGAGUGCUGCAGCCACAGACAGAGAGCCCUGUGCUGUGCCUGGAGCUCAGUCGCGCCGGGGAGUACUGACAGAGUUUUGAGGGAGAACCGAUGGAGUGCUGAAGGAGUACUGAUGAAGAACUGACCGAGCACUGACAGAAUUCAGAGGGAGCACUGAGGGAGUAGUGAGAGAGUACGGAGUACUGACAGCGCAGGAGCUCCUCGGGCACACACGGCUCCUGUCCUCCGCACAGAGCGGGAGAAGAACGGGAGAGUCAGAAGAGAGAGAGAGUGUGCUGUCCCGCGUUGUCUGUCCCUGAAGCAGCCCAGCCGAGCAGCCAGAGAAGAGAGGAGAGGAGUGGAGCGGAGGAGAGGAGAGGGAGCCAGAGCGGCGACUGCUCGAAGCCAGGGGAAUGGACCUAUCUGCCUGCUGGAUAAACCCGCCCCAGUCCGAAGAGGAGGGCUAAAGACGCCAGAGGAGACCCCCGGCAGAGAAUGAACGGAGACGUCCUCUAGCUGAGACUGCCAUCUUUAGAGUUUCACCCGAGCGUCGGUCGCCCCGGCAGCGGUGGAGGAGGAGGAGCGGGGGGAGGAGGAGGGGGCAGGGGCAGGGGCGAGCAGAGGCAGCCUGGGCCGGGGGGAGCGUGGCUGGGGGGCCGGGCGCAUGGCGGCGCAGCGGCUGGUGACCGCGGCGGUGGCGGUGGCCCUGCUGUCCCUGGCGCUCAACAACGUGGCGGCGUUCACGCCCAGCUGGGUGCUGCAGGCGCUGGAGGACGGGCGCAAGCGCAGCGUGGGGCUGUGGAGGACGUGCGAGCGCGGGCGCGAGGAGGCCGGCGGCGGCGGCGGCGGAGGGAGGCACGGUCAGACCCCGCAGCCACACUGCGAGGCUGUGGGCUGGGGCUCGGAGAUCGCCGGACGCCAGGAGUCCCGCAGCACCGUCAAGCUGCAGUUUGACAUGAUGCGGGCCUGUAACCUGCUGGCCACGGUGGCCCUGACUGCUGGCCAGCUCAUCUUCCUGCUGGGGCUGGUGGAGCUGCCCUUCAUUACCCAGGAUUCCCAGUGGUGGGAGGAAGCCAUCGCAGCGCUCUUCCAGCUGGCCAGCUUUGUGCUGGUCAUCGGGCUGGUGACGUUCUCGCGGAUCGGACCGUACACGUACCUGUCCUACUCCUGCUACGUGAACAUUGCGGCCUGCCUGCUGGCCACGCUGGCGGCCGCCAUGCUGAUCUGGAACAUUCUGCACAGGCGCGACGACUGCCUGGCCCCGCGCGUCAUCGUCAUCAGCAGCUCGCUCACCACGCCCUUCCACCCGCGCCUCGACAAUGACUAUGUGGAAUCGCCCUGCUGAGCCCCAGUCUCCUCCCCCGGGCGGGACACAGAGCUCAGAGAAGACUGCGCUGGGGGAGGAGCAAAGACAUUAGGGGGAGGAGCAAAGACAUUAGGGGCCAUUUUCUUUCCUUUAACCAACUCCUAUUGCUGCUGUGCUUUCCUAAAUACCCGUGUGUGUGGUGGGGGUGGGGGGGGGGGGUUGGUGGAUUGGUCCAUGGCUGUAUACACAUCAGAGGAAUGGACGUUCUGUUGUUCUAAUGGACCAUCCGCUUGCAAACUCAGAGUAACCCAAUUACGGACAGUUCUGACGCUCAAAACUCAAAUUCUGGAAAUACCCAUGACCUCAAAAAGCAAAGCCUUUCUAUGCUCACACUUUGAUCAGGUCACUUUUAAACUUCUAAAUUUAAGUUGGUCUACUGGAGACAUGCAUGAAGUCCGACAGCUUUGUCCAGUAAGACUUGGUGCUGUUUUUCUCUAAGUUUCUCUAAAUUUUCCAAGCCAAAUGUUCCCUCCACCCCUAAUGGUUCUACUGAAAAAAGAUCAAGCUGGAUCUUGACGUUUCGUUCGAUGUGCACUUAUUUUAACAUAUUUCUUGCAGUGUUAUUAUUAUUUUUUAUAUUGAAAAGAAUUGAGAUUUAAGAUCCCUGAAUUAGCAUUAAUGGAAGAAUGGGGUAAUUCCCCACAGUUUUUCAUUGCACAAUAUUUUUCAAAACAGGCAAAUUAAUUAAAGAUAGAUAAAAGCCCAACAUUCUGGACAGUCUAUCUCAAGGUUAUUUCCCACAUAUUGUCUGAGAUUUCCAAGGAAGAAAGGCCGAGAAGACAGGUCAAUAAGAUGAACUCACAUUAGUAUGGAUGUGCUCCUUUAGAUAAUCUGCUCGCUUGUGGUACAUGUACUUAAUUUAAUUAGGUAUGGUUGUAUUAAUUGCUGUUAUAUCAUACUACAUACUACUUGGUGCAGAAAUUCCGCUGUGACAAAAGAAAAUAAAUUAAAAUAAUAAAUAAUACAGAUAUAAUAAUUGUAUGAACAUAUUUGUAUAAGUCACCAACAUUAAAACUUUCUUGACCAAUACGCUAAAUGUCUGAACAUCGAGGAUUUGAAAUGAUGGCCAAGAUCAAAUCUAAAAAGGUGGGGAUUCAGAUUACCUGUGCUCAGUUUCUCUAUCGACAGAAAUUACUCUCAUGUGCAGCUAAGAAUAUACAGCUACAUAUGGGAGUCAAACCUGUAGAAUCAAACAUACAACAGAAACCUGACAUGAAAUCUCAAUCUGUCUGUUGCAUUUACUGUGGUUUGUUCAACUGUACCCAUGUAAGUCAACUGACCCGUUUCCUCUGUUGCCUUCCUUCAUUUAAGAACGAACUCAAGCUGACCUUGAGUAGCCCAUCCUGUUAGUUAUUAGGUCUGAUUGACCAUGGACACAACAUGCAGAAACUAUGAACCCAAUAACUGGUAGCUGCUUUGGCCAGCCCUGGGCAGUAAACAUUAUGCGUUUCUAGAGAA